CUACCAAGGGAUUUUCAACAAAAUCCUCCAGCAGAACCCUUUGAAGUGUCCUAUCUGAAUUUACAUCAAAAUACUACUGGGAGACCGUCCUCGAGUAGCCCAGACGAAAAUGUAGGCAAGCGAGAAAACAAUAUUGCGUUCUGUAAUGGGAAUUUUCAAUCAAAUCCGGCAGAUGGAAGAGAAUUCGAGUCAAACACAAACCACCAGGAGUGGAAUUCAGAUCGCUAUCAGAGAACAGAUGGACAUCAAGGGACUUCGUCGAUGGGCAAAUCUAGUAAAGGGACAGAAACCACCCGAGGCUUUAGGGAGUUGACGUCAGACUCCUGUACCCCCAGUCCUCGUGACUACUACCUCAAGCAUCGAGGGGUCCAGACACAAUCGAACAACCGGAUCUCACAGAGCUGCUCCGCUGCUCAGUUCAUCGAUACUGAUGGGCAGAAUCAAAUUCCCAACACUCAGGGUCUGAAGGCUGCCUUGGACCAGGAGGCCUCAGAUGUCUCGCAAUCUGUAAUUUCCACGUCGGAACCUUUGCGCUUGACCGUAGAGUUGAAUGCUAUUCACAUGAAGCGCAAAGACCUUACCGUACGGAUGCUGGCUCUGCAAGUAAGUCUAAGACCAUCAUUGACUCGAAUAUCUGGUCAGAGAAAUAAUGGUGUAAACAGUUAA